UCUGCUCGGAGCUUCACCUCGGAAACUUCAAAGCUCUGGGCGGCCAGCCAAAAUCUGAAUUGACGUUCAAAUUGGAAUUUUCAUUCCCCCAUUCUCACACUCCCAAGUCCCAUAAGGUUAAAGCCCUCGAAAUUCAAAUCCCAAUUUUGUCAACUCUUUACUCAUCUGUUUCUUCCACAACUGUGAACAUUUGCACGAAUUUGUAUUUUAAAAAAAUCCCAAGAAUCGAAUCCUCAGAACAAUCGUACUGUUCACGAUGAGUUUCUCCAUGAUGGGUUCUUCGGGAUGUGAAAUUUUGAUCCGAAAUUCUCACCAGAAGACUGUGAAGUUACAGUUGUUCCAUGAAAAAGAGAAGCAGAUGGUGUUCAAGUUCUCCAAAUCUGGCUGUAACCCUGCGAGAGCUCUACUUAGUAAGCAUGAAGCGACUGAGUUUGAAGAGAGGACAAGUCCCAUCGAGGUCAGAACGGAGAUAUCAAAAUGCUAUGAAUUAAUAAACAGAUUAGGGAAAGGAGUUGUUUAUCUUGGAUCUUCAAGAAUGGGGCCUGAUCAUGCUCAUUACAAGCAAGCUUUCGAAUUGAGUAGAGAGAUUUCAGAACUUUUGGAUUGCACUACUUGGUCAGGUGUCGGUCCGGGUCUUAUGGAUGCAGUUACAAAAGGUGCUUUACAGGCAGGAAACCCCGUAGGCGGAUUCAAAAUCGGUAGAGAAUCUGGUGAAUGGACAUCCUCAAAGUUUCAUCCAUACCUACCUACAGAAACUUAUUUUACUUGCAGGUUCUUCUCUGCAAGAAAGCACGGGCUUGUUGAUGCUGCAGUUAGAAGCUGUAGUUCUGAUAGGACUGCUUUUGUUACUCUUCCGGGCGGCAUUGGUACUUUCGAUGAGGUGUUUGAGAUUCUAGCUUUGAUUCAGCUUAGAAGAAUAGGGUCAAAACUUCCAGUUCCGUUCCUAUUGAUGAAUUACGACUCUUUCUACUCAAAGUUACUCGAAUUUUUUAACGAUUGUGAAAACUGGGGUACCUUGGCAAAGGGAGAGGUCGAUUCUCUUUGGAAGGUCUGUGACAAUAACGCGGAUGCUGUGGCGUACUUGUCUAGUUUUUACAGUUUGUGUGAUCAAGAUAGAGUGAAGAAUGAAGUUGGAUUGGAAAGCACACAUUGAACUUAAAGAGGAGUUGAUUGAAAUAAUUUGUGAGUGUAAAUUAGAGUAUGGCUUUCUUCUCUCUACCCUUGUAUUAUUCUACAAUAGCAAUAUACCAUUGAUAGUUUGGAGGGAUCGUAGGAUAUGGGAAUCCCUUGUUAAUUAGAAAAGAAUUGUGCUUUGUAUCAUUGUUCUGUGUUGAAUCGUAUGCAUGUAUAUGCAUUCAAUCGUUAGUCCUUACAGUUAA